GCUGAAGACAGAAGCUUAACUCACCAAGCCACCCAGGUGUCCCCAAAUUGCAUUGUUUUAAUUGUGUCUCACGGCAGUUGAAGGAGAAGGGGCCACGCGGUUGGGCAGUGCGGUGGGUUGGAUUUACUCCGUGCGCAUGCCUCAGGUGUGGGCAGUAGUUGAGGCCUGGUGGCGCAGCUGAAGGCUCUGACCAUUCAGUGGUGCUGGUGCCAGCGGGUGGCCACCCAGUGUCUUCAGAUCUUUCUCCGCCAGGACGAGGAGGGAGUCUGCUUUCAGGCCUAUUGCUUUAUUGGCGCUCGGUCAUUCUCCACCCCCUUUCUGGCUUCCAUGGCUGUUUUGCGGGGGUGGCCACAGGGCCACUUGGCCCAGUAUUAGGAUCGUCACCUUCCGGGAGGGCCUCUGCAGCCAGCCUGCCUCCCCCUCAGGGGCCUUUCUGAGAUUUGUGUGGUUUUGCCUCUUAAAUGAAGAAAAAUUUUUUAAAAGAAAAACUUACAGGGCCGCCUGGGUGGCUCAGUCAGUUAAGCGUCUGCCUUUGGCUCAAGUCAUGAUCCUGGGGUCCUGGGAUUGAGCCCCAUGGGGAGUCUGCUUCUCCCUCUGCUCCCCCUCCAGUCAGUUGUUGGCUGGCAGAUGACACCAGCAUGUGCCCACAAGGUGCGCCGAGCAGGUACACCUGCCGUUGGGGGCUGCAUGCAUGGUGCUGGGCUGGAGGGUCCUUGCUCCAUCUGCUCUCAGCCCCCCGGAGCCUUGGACCCAGAUACUAAAUUCCUUUCCAUUCCCUGAGUUCUGCAGAAAGAAGCACGUUCAUUUCUCAGGGUUGCCUUUCACUGUUUGUUUUUGGCUUUCCUUGAUCUGCAACAGGUGAUUUCACCUGGAUGGGAAGAGUGUUGGACGGGGUGCUUUGCCCUGCCCCCGCCUUGGGCCCCCAGGCGGGUGCUUGAAAGCAGGCCCUGUUACCCCAGUGAUUUGCUGUCACCUGCUUGUUAGCAACUUCUUUUAUCUGGUGUCCUGAGAGGUGGUCUCUUGCUGUGCAUCAGACAGAGGAGUGUAGAGUUCUGUCCUGUGUUUUGUAAGUAGCAGCAUGCUGGCAAGAUUGUCACUUGGGAUAAGUGCCUAUACAUCCAUGGAAGUGGCAGCAUGAGGUGGUGUGCCUCCGAAUACUUGUCUUUCCAGAACAGUCCGUGGCAGUGCUGGCCCCAGGUCAUGUGCAGGGCGGCUCCCAGCAGGACCAGACGGGGAUGAGCUGGGUUGGUGUGGGUGUAGGCUGUGUGUGUGCGCGUGUUUGAAGGAGAGAGGGAUGGCUCUCAAAAGCGCUGUUGCAGAAACCACAGGCUGUGCAGAUGACCUGCAGGCUGCUGGUGGUUUUCUUUCUGGGGGUGCAGGUUCUUCUCACCAGCCCCACCCCCUUGCCCAGCAGAUGGCGUCUUCUGUUGGGGCCGUGUCUGGGCCAGCUGGGUUCCCCUGUGGGUGACUGUGAUGGGGUUGUGUUCUCCUGGGCGGGGGGAGGGGGGGCGGGCGGUGUCUGGUUGUGGAACCUUUUUGAAGAAAAUACCUUUUCUGUGGUUAAUUGAACAGCCAAGCGCUCGCAUUCCCACCUGACCCGUUGGUCCGGGUGAGCUGCAGACGGGCUCCCAGGUGCGUGUGUUUGGUGUUUGCCUGUCUUGGUAGCACCUCUGUGCUGCUUUAGUGUCUUUAAUAGGUUGUGUCUUAACUGUGAGCCACAGACUUGAGGGGUUGUAUUUCUUUUCUGAUGAUCAUGGAGUUAAAUUCCAGCCAGUGAAUGGAGCGUCCGGCACCACCUGUGCCUAGCUCCGCCUGUGCUUUGGGAAGCCACUUCCUGCUGUUGACUUUCUCUCCCACCCAGCUGUGCUUCGCUGGACGGGGUCUGUUGCAGGUGGACCAUCCUCCCGUGGUCUGUGUUGAGUUAGUUGCUGGGCUCUGGCUGCUCUGUGUUUCUGUCUCUGCAGUUCAGGAAACUGAGAAAUGUGCUCAAAGUGGGAAAGUGAGGCAGGCCGGAGGGGCUCUUGGGGGGUGGGGACCGCAGUGACAUCGCAGUGGGUGCUGCGUGCGUGUGUGUCCUCGUCCCCCACCCGGGAGUCUCCGUCCUGGAGCUCCUGCUGUCCCAACCCCCGAGCGCAGCCUUGAACUUGGUUCUCUGAUGGACCCCAGUGUGCUGCUCUGUCCCUCACGCAGCUCCUACCACCCGGGCAGGCCUGUGCUUCAAGAUGGAAGUCAACCAGCCUUUCUCUGGGUCCUGCUGAAACCGUUGAGCUGCUCCAGGCCUGUUGAGGCACAGACGACAUCCCCUGCGGGCGCUGCUGUCAGAUGUAGGGCACAGAUACAUGUCACAGAGCAAGCACACAGAGGCGCGGGAACUCAUGUGCUCAGGGGCACUGCUGUUCUUCAGCCACGGCCAACAAAACAGUGCUGCGGACUUGUCCAUGCUGGUCUUAGAGUCGCUGGAGAAGGCAGAAGUCGAGGUGGCCGAUGAGCUGCUGGAAAAUCUGGCCAAACUGUUCAGUUUGAUGGACCCAAAUUCUCCAGAACGAGUGGCUUUUGUGUCUCGAGCCCUGAAGUGGUCCAGUGGAGGAUCUGGGAAACUGGGCCACCCCCGGCUCCACCAGCUGCUGGCCCUCACCCUGUGGAAAGAGCAGAACUAUUGUGAGUCCCGGUACCACUUCCUGCACUCUGCGGACGGCGAAGGCUGCGCCCACAUGCUGGUGGAGUACUCGACCUCCAGGGGCUUCCGCAGCGAGGUGGACAUGUUCGUGGCCCAGGCUGUGCUACAGUUUCUCUGUUUAAAAAACAAAAGCAGCGCAUCGGUGGUGUUCACAACGUACACACAGAAGCACCCGUCCAUCGAGAACGGCCCUCCGUUCGUCCAGCCUCUGCUCAACUUCAUCUGGUUUCUGCUGUUGGCUGUAGACGGAGGCAAACUGACCGUAUUCACGGUGUUGUGUGAGCAGUACCAGCCGUCCCUGCGGCGGGACCCGAUGUACAAUGAGUACCUCGACAGGAUAGGACAGCUCUUCUUCGGCGUGCCGCCCAAGCAGACUUCUUCCUACGGGGGCUUGCUCGGGAACCUUCUGAGCAGCCUCAUGGGUGCCUCGGAGCAGGAGGGCGAGGACAGUCAGGACGACAGCAGCCCCAUUGAGCUCGACUGACCCCGCCCGCCCGGCCUGCAUGAAGACGCCCUGACCCCGGGCCCUCACACCCGGGGCUCCCGUUGUGAGGCAAUGGCGGCCACGCGGGCGCCUGUGAGCCGGCCCGGGGCUGCGCGGCCUGCUGCGGCUGGGCUGGCUGGGCUGCACCUGCACCUUCAGACUGACCCACAAUAAAGCACAGGCCUUGCCGCGCUACCACCCUUUCCCUGUCCUUUGUGUCUGGUUUGCUUUGGGAGGCGACCCGGCGUGCGGCGCAGGCCCGCAGGCCCGAUCCCGUCGAAGAUGGUGUAGGGGGCGGCUGCCGGUGGCCCGGAGAGCAUCUGGGCGGCCGCUCUGGGGCACACCCUGAGGCCACGGUCAUUUGGGAUCAGGAGUCCUUUCCACGUUUCGUAAUGCAGUAUUUAUUUUCAUUGGGUGAUUGGUUCCUUUGACCUGGCAUUGUAGGUUUUAACCAAAUAACCAGGAGUGAGCAGAUUUGCCCUCUCUCACUGACGCUAUACCAGAGGUUCCCAGAGCAAUGACGAGAGGGGAAACACUUUAUUUUUUCACAAAUAAGAGUUGUAGAUUAAUACACAGUGAUCAUGCAUGGGAAGGAGUUGAGAUACACACUUUUAUUGACUGUAAAAUGGAAUUUAAAGGAAGGUUUGUGUUACUUGUUGAGUUGAAAUAAAUCCUUUAUACUGGG